CUCUCGCGAUCCUCUUAUUGCCAUCGCUUGAUCAAAAUCCAACGGCUCAAAUUCUCCCGGAUCCCAACCCCCCCAACUAAUUUAAACCCACCUCUCAAUUUUCCUUCACUGCUACUUCCCAUAAUUAUUAUUGAUUGAUUUAUUUCCCUUCUUUCCCUUCCGGCCUUUCCCCGAGUUUCCUUUCCCGUUUCAGAAAUCAGAAUCCUCCCCACCCCCACUCCCGAAGCUCAAAUCUCGCAGCUAAUCUAGAACAAAGUAGGGAGAGAUUACAGCACCAAACCCAUUACUCCGAACCCAAAAACCCCCACUUAUAUUUCAGCCAGAUCUGUUCCGGGUUUCCCCUGGAAUCGUCAUCCCAUUUCCUUCCUUUCUUCCCCCCGUUUGAUAGCAAUAAGUUUUUCUUUUUAAUUUGAGAUUCUCAACUUUCGGAUCAUGGCGCCCAGUACGAUUCGGAAGGCGAUCGGGGCAGUGAAGGACCAAACUAGCAUAGGAAUCGCCAAAGUAGCCAGCAACAUGGCCCCCGAGCUGGAAGUUGCUAUCGUUAAAGCUACUAGCCAUGACGACGACCCUGCUGGGGAGAAGUACAUUCGAGAAAUCCUCCAUCUCACCUCUUCUUCCAGAGGCUACGUCAACGCUUGCGUGUCGGCGGUUUCCAAAAGGUUGGGAAAAACCCGGGAUUGGAUUGUGGCCCUCAAGUGUUUGAUGCUCAUUCACCGCCUGCUCAACGACGGCGACACCAUUUUCCAGCAAGAAAUCAUGUAUGCUACUAGGAGAGGUACUAGGCUGUUGAACUUGUCUGAUUUCCGCGACGAGGCGCAUUCUAGCUCGUGGGAUCACUCCGCUUUUGUCAGGACUUACGCGUUUUAUCUGGAUCAGAGGCUGGAGAUGAUGGUGUAUGACAAGAAGCAGAGUGGAUCUGCCCAUGGAGAAGACAGGUAUAGAUCUCCCCCCGGUCCCAGUCGGGGUUAUGGCUAUGAUUAUGAUUACAAUGAGUUUAGAGAUGAGCCGGUUUAUGGGAUGAGGAGGUCGAGGUCAUCCGGGGAUGUCAGGGAGCCUAAAGAGGAGAUGAAGGAUGUGACCCCAUUGAGGGAAAUGACGCCCGAGCGGAUUUUUGGAAAGAUGGGACAUCUGCAGAGGCUUUUGGAUCGAUUCUUGGCGUGUCGGCCGACGGGUUUGGCCAAGACUGAGAGGAUGAUUAUGGUGGCACUGUAUCCUAUGGUGAAGGAGAGUUUCAAGUUGUAUGCUGAUAUUUGUGAGGUUUUGGCUAUUUUGUUGGACAAGUUCUUCGACAUGGAGUAUCAGGAUUGUGUUAAGGCGUUUGAUGCCUAUACUAGUGCUGCCAAGCAGAUUGAUGAACUGGUUGGAUUUUACAAUUGGUGCAAGGAUAUUGGUGUAGCGAGGUCAUCUGAGUAUCCUGAAGUUCAGAGGAUUACUGGUAAGUUGUUGGAGACUUUAGAGGAAUUUGUGAGAGAUAGAGCGAAGGCGACCAAGAGUCCUGAGAGGAAAGUGGAGCCUCAGCCCGUGGAGAGGGAGGAGGAGCCGGUACCGGAUAUGAAUGAGAUUAAGGCGCUGCCGGCACCAGAGAGUUACACUCCGCCGCCACCAGCCGAGCCCGAGCCUCCAAAGCCUGUUGUACCAGAGGUGGCUGGAGAUUUGGUGGAUUUGAGGGACGAUGGGGUGACUGCUGAUGAUCAGGGGAAUAAGUUGGCAUUGGCUUUGUUUGCUGGACCCGUGGCUAAUAAUGGAAAUGGCUCGUGGGAAGCUUUCCCAGCGAAUGGGCAACCUGAGGUAACCUCUGCUUGGCAGAAUCCGGCUGUUGAGGGUGGGAAGGCUGACUGGGAGUUGGCCUUGGUGGAGACAGCUAGCAAUUUGUCUAGACAGAAGGCUGCAAUGGGUGGUGGGCUCGAUCCUUUGUUGCUGAAUGGGAUGUAUGAUCAAGGAAUGGUUAGGCAACAAGUGAGCUCUUCCCAUUUAAGUGGUGGAAGUGCGAGCAGUGUGGCUUUGCCUGCACCUGGAAAGACACCAGUCUUGGCGCUUCCUGCUCCUGAUGGAACAGUCCAGACAGUUGGACAAGAUCCAUUUGCUGCGUCUUUGUGCAUUCCUCCUCCUCCUUAUGUACAAAUGGCAGAUAUGGAAAAGAAGCAGGGGCUUUUAGUGCAGGAGCAAGUGGUAUGGCAACAAUAUGCUAGAGAUGGCAUGCAAGGUCAAGCUAGUUUGUCUAAGAUCAGCGCAGGGGGGUACUACUCUCCGGGCCAACCACCAAUGAUGCCUUAUGGAAUGCCUCCUGCAUAUGGAAUGGGAGUACCACCUGCAGGGUUUCUUGCUCUCUAGAGAUUGCAACAACAAAUGCGAGCUUUUGAUGGAUUACUCGUAAUGCAUAUUUCUGCGCCUCUGGUUUGAAUUUGGUCUGAUUAUCAUUAGUUAUUGCAAUUGUGAAGUAGUGCUUCCUAUGCUGAAGGAUAGCUGCUUCUCAAAAUAUGGGAGCGUGAAGCUGAACUGUAAUGUUCACAUAUGAGAUUUGAACGAGUAUGUAAUUACUACUGCCCUUGCAUCAAUUGUUGGCGACAGUAAAGUUGAAUUCUUUUUUAGUUU